UUCCCAGAUUGUGCAAUGGAUGAUGAUGUAAUUUCGGGAAAAAUCAGUAUCAAAAUCAUAUAAAUUCCAGGACCUAGAUUCAAAAUAACAAAACGAUAAAACUCAGCUUCAAUUGCAUUUAGAAGACUUUCUCAUCAUGAAGUGGCUGUCUGUGGCUGUGCUGCUCGCGGGCUCGUUCGCUUGCCUGCCAAAUGUGUCUCUGGGUUUGGAUCGAGUCAGUGAAAAUGUUUCGGCCCUACGACCCAAACGAAUGAUAGGGGGAUCUGUGACCGCACCAUUCCCCUGGCAUGCCAUGGUGUACCUAAGUGAAAAUAUACUGGACGGAGGUUUCGCUGGAGGAGCCUUGAUAGCCGAGCGCUGGAUCUUGACUGCUGGCAGGAAUCUAUUUGUAAGAAAGAGUCGAAAUGACACAAGAGGAAAAGAGCCGCUCAUACCAAAAGUCUAUCUGGGAAUCAGUUAUCGCUCUGAUGCACGGGCCUCUACAGAAGUCGCAGUAGAGAAGGUGUUUUUACAUCCAGGCUUUCAGAACACAUCCGACUGGGACAAUGACCUUGCUCUGAUCAAACUUAAGGAGCCGGUGAAUUUCAGUGAGUCUAUAAUGCCCAUCCCACUGCCUGGGGUUGGAGAUAACCAGGAAGAGAAAAAAGGAGAGAGAGGCAUCAUCGCUGGAUGGGGCUGGGGGAGACUUUUUACCACUGCUCCCAUACUGAAGUUUCUGGCUCUACCCAUUGUGCCGUGCCAGGGAGAAUACCAGGCAAAAGUUCUUGCAAGUACACCGAAUGUGACUGACACACAGUUCUGCACCGGACCCAGUAAAUAUCAAGAAAACGUGUGUUUUGGGGACGCAGGGGGCGCUCUCGCAUUCCUUAACGCCAACACCAAUGAAGUUUACGCUGCAGGAGUCCUUUCUUUUGACAAGGCCUGUUCUGUAGAAGAUCACGCUGUAUACAUAAAGAUCUCUGCUUACCUGCCCUGGAUUCACAGUGUCAUGAGAGGAGAUUCGCAUGAAUUUGCAGCACGCCGCACUUCAUUUUUCAAUCGCAUGUUUCCCGACAUUUUGCCCUUAGUUGAUUCUAAGGGCGCAGUUCACGAUGAACUAUUAUACACAAUAUUACAAUCACAAAAGUAUCAAGAUAUGAAAUAACUGAAAUUCACAUGACAGACAUUACUAAGACAUUAUCAAUUUCAGAUAACAUUGUUAUUUUGUUAAAAGAAUUAACAGCAUUCAAGGUUGUUUUUAUCUAUAUAAUCUGUAUAAAUUAAAAAGGUAUGUCACUGAAUUUUUUAAAAUACAAAAUCAAGAACUAAUAGAGCUAAAUAGUAGAGAGAACUUCAUGAAGCAGUAAAAGCACAACAUUAAGAAAACAAAGCAUUCAAACAUUAUACUGCAUAUACUGACGCAGAUCAUGUGAUGGCAGCUCCACCAAUGGGAGAAAACAGAUAUAUCUUAAUUUUUGUAUCACGGUAUAUCACCACAUCUUUCUACCUGAUUUAAAUGCAUAUUGAUUUAUUUCUCUGAUUUGCAAUUUGAACUGUAUGAUUGUAAAUAAAAUUGUAUUGUCAACAUUCAA